AGUGGAAGUCGCGAGUCGAGAGUCGAGAGUUGAGAAGUGAGCGUCAAACCUCUAGUUACGAAUUGGUUAACACUAGAACCACCACGCCAGUCAAAACGAUUGGUUUUGUUUUAUUCAUUUAAAAUAAAAGUAAUUUUGUAUCGUGGCUACUUAUACCAGUAUCAGUCAAACUGAUUGGUUAUUCUGUAGAGCACAGUCGUUGGAAUAAGACGUGAUUCCUCGUUUUAUAAAGCAAUAUUCUACAAGCCUCGAAAAUGAGCAAACGAUUGAAAGCAUCCGAAUUGUUGCAAAAACUGAGAAGGAUACCAAUGGAAUGCUCCGAUAUCGAGGAUAGUGAAUUCUCUGAGUGUGAAGGAGGUGAACCAAGGGAAAAAGAAAUUGAAAUUUCUAGUGAUAACAUGAGUGAUAUUAGUGACAUUAGUGACAAAGAAAAUGAGUCCUCAGAAAGUGAGCCAGAGAACAUUUUGAAUGUACGCAAAAGAAGACGUGCUCGAGUGCUUUCAAGUUCUGAAAGUGAAAUUGAAAGUGUACAAGCUAGUCGAAAUGAAAUUGCCGAAGACGGAACCAGGUGGAAAAGAAUUCAAGAAGAGUCAGCUUCUGGGAGAUUACCCUUGCACAAUAUAUUCAAAGACACAUCCGGCCUCACAGGAUAUGCAAAGAGAAGUAUCAUGAAAGACAAAGUAAUUAGCGCAUUUUCCCUACUAAUUGACAGCCAUAUAUUGCAACGUAUAAUAUCUUGCACCGAAUCAGAGGCCUCUCGAGUUUUGGGUAAAAAAUGGACCCUUACAGAAACAAAAUUGAAAGCAUUCCUUGGAAUAUUGUACGCGCGGGGAGCAUACGAAGCGAAAAAUUUAAAACUUUCAUAUUUGUGGAAUACAAAAUGGGGGCCAAGCUUCUUUUCCAGCACAAUGAGUCGGAAUGAGUUUCUUGAAAUAUUGAAAUUUAUUCGAUUUGAUAAAAAAGAUGAUAAAAGUCGACGUUUGAAAAAUGAUAAAUUUGCACUAAUAUCAACCAUAUGGGACAAGUUUAUUGAAAACAGCCAGAAUUGCUACAAACCUGGUGUAAAUGUUACGAUAGACGAGCAACUUUUCCCAACCAAAGCGAAAUUUUAUAAUAAAACAAAAUUUGGGGUAGAUAUGGCAGACCGAAUGGCAAAAAAAUAUAGCGUGAGGUUGAAAUCAAGAAGAUGGCCACUUCAAGUAUUUUUUAAUAUUUUAGAUUUAGCUGGCAUAAAUGCCUGGAUUUUAUAUAAGGAAACCACAGGUGAGCAGAUAUCCAGAAAAAAUUUUAUGUUUCAAUUAGCAGAUGAACUUGCCGCUGACAACGAAAAAUCACGGAUAGAACAAAGAGCAUCUAAGAUCCAAAGUACGUCAAAGAACUCAGCUUAUUCACGAAAAUGGUGUCAGAUACGAUUCUGUAAUAAUAAUAAGACCACCAUCAUUUGCGAUCUUUGUAAAAAAUAUGUAUGCGGAAAAUGCACGCAGAUGAAAGUUUACGUUUGUAAGAAAUGUGACGAAUGAUAACUUUGUAAUAAUUUAAGUUAUAUUUG